AUUUCAAAAGAAAUACAAAGUAGGCUGCAAUAUUCGCACAAUGUAACUAUUUUAGUGUCCGCUAAUAACGCCUGCUCCUGUGAGUUCAAAUGAAUACUGCAAUGUGAGUAAGUGUGUGACGGUUUUAGUGAGAAAGACUAUUAAGCCUUGUCUCGCCUUGUCACUCCGUUAAUUCUCACCUAUUACAUUGUAUUUUCAUGUUAGACGCCUUUUUUCGUGUCAAGCUUUUUUACGACAGUCUCUGGAUUUGCUCAAACCGAAAGUGUCAGGACGCACAGUGCUAAAACCGUAAGCAAAAUUUAUGAAGUUUUAUACACGCGGCUAACGUAAUACUGUAACGUACUGUAUCACCGAGACUCUGUCAUAAAACUGAUGAGCUCAUAGGAUUUAAAUGGAGGAACACGGAAGAGCGGUUGACACAAUUUACUGGAAACUUAAGAGGCGGUUUCGGUUUGCCGGACAUUGAGCCAGAAUGUGUGAUAACAGCUGUUUCUGUGAAAACAAGCAGGAUACCAUAGACGAAAGCCUGGACAAAACGUGUAUCUUCUGUACCAUCGCGAAGGGCGAUGAUCGAUACACUGAGAUACUCGCAGAGGAUGAGGACUUUGUUUGCUUCAGGGACAUCAAUCCAGGUGCACCUCAUCACUACUUGGUUAUACCAAAGAAACACAUCUAUAGCUGUUUGUCGCUCUAUGCAGAUGACAUAAGUCUUGUUAGGGGGAUGGCAGAGAUGGGAAGAAAUGUACUGAAAGCCAACAAUGUGACAGAUUUGAAAGACAUCAGUCUAGGUUUCCACGUGCCUCCGUAUAUCACCGUCCCACAUCUGCAUCUACAUGUUCUUGCACCUUACAGCCAGCUGUAUAAAUGGGCAAUAAAUAAAUUUAGAACCAAUUGGUACAUAAACGAGGAGAAGACUGUUGAGAUUCUGAUGAAGGGAAAAACUCAGAUGGUCUAAAAGGGAUUUGUGCUAGAUCUGAAUCUUCAUGAAUCUUUGUCUGAGGAAACUUGAAAUCACAAGCCACUUAAUUGAAGAUUAGGGUCACUGCAAAUUUCAUAUUUUUAUUUUAUUUACUACUGAAGCCUUUUUUUUACUAGAAUGGAAGAUUUAUAUUACUGACAGUUACUAACAAAGUGUGAUAUUUAUUGUUAUUGCAUAGUCUGUUAUUCACUUUAUUCAUUUUAGAUCACAGUCCACAUGCUUUAUUGUCAGCAAUGAUCAAAUACCAUAGUAUUAUUAUUAAUUAUUAUAUAAGAAUCAGAGGUCAUUAAAGCUCAUUCAUUCAUCAUUCAUUUUCUUUUCGGCUUAGUCCCUUUAUUAAUCUCGGGUUGCCACAAUGGAAUAAACCCCUAACUUAUCCAGCAUAUGUUUUACACAGUGUAUGCCCCUCCAGCUGCAACCCAUCACUGGGAAACACUCAUUUACACACAUACACUAAGGACAAUUUUAGCUUACCCAAUUCAUCUAUAGCAUGUCUUUGGAUUUGUGGGGGAAACCGGAGCACUCGGAGGAAACCCACGCGAACACGAGGAGAACAUGCAAACUCUACACAGAAAUGCCUCAAUAAAGCUCAGUAUAUACUUAUUCAUAUAUUGAUGUACAUGCAUUCUAAUUGAUGAUAUAUAAAUGAUAAUUUAUCUAUAUUUAUGUGUUUUGAAUAAAACCUUUUUUUU